AUGUCAGUCCCAAGCGCACUCAUGAAGCAGCCGCCCAUUCAGUCUACCGCUGGGGCUGUCCCAGUUCCCAACGAGAAAGGUGAGAUUUCAAUGGAAAAGGUGAAGGUAAAACGCUAUGUGUCCAGAAAGAGACCAGAUUAUGCCCCUGUGGAGCCCUCGGAUGAAGAGGAUGAAGAAUUUCAGGUCAUUAAGAAAGCUAAGGAACAAGAAGCAGAGCCUGAGGAACAGGAGGAGGAUUCAUCCAGUGACCCCCGACUUCGGCGUUUACAGAACCGCAUUAGUGAAGAUGUGGAAGAGAGGUUGGCUCGACACAGAAAAACAGUGGAACCAGAAGUAGUAGGAGAAAGUGACUCCGAAGUAGAAGGAGAUGCCUGGCAAGUGGAACGAGAGGAUAGCAGUGAGGAAGAGGAGGGAGAAAUUGACGAGGAAGAAAUAGAGCGGCGCCUAGGCAUGAUGCAUCAGCGAGCACAGGAGAGAAAAACUGAAGAGAUGGAAGUCAUGGAGGUGGAAGAUGAAGGACGCUCUGGGGAAGAGUCUGAGUCAGAGUCUGAGUCUGAGGAGUACACAGACAGUGAAGAUGAAAUGGAGCCUCCACUUAAGCCUGUCUUCAUUCGAAAGAAGGAUCGUGUGACAGUUCAAGAGAGAGAAGCUGAAGCAUUGAAACAGAAGGAGCUGGAACAAGAAGCAAAGUGCAUGGCUGAGAAGCGGCGGAAGUACGCACUCAAGAUCGUAGAAGAGACCAAGAAAGAGCCGGAGGAGAACAAGCGGUCCCUUGCCGCCCUGGAUGCGCUCAAUACUGAUGAUGAGAAUGAGGAGGAGGAGUAUGAGGCCUGGAAGGUCCGUGAGCUCAAAAGAAUCAAGCGGGAGAGAGAAGACCGAGAAGCGCUUGAAAAGGAGAAAGCAGAAAUUGAAUGCAUGAGAAACCUGACUGAGGAAGAAAGACGGGCUGAACUUCGGGCAGAUGGCAAAGUCAUUACCAACAAAGCUGUUAAAGGCAAAUACAAGUUUCUACAGAAGUAUUAUCACCGAGGUGCCUUCUUCAUGGAUGAGGAUGAAGAAGUCUACAAGAGAGAUUUCAGUGCACCUACUCUUGAGGACCAUUUCAACAAAACCAUUCUUCCAAAAGUCAGGCAGGUCAAGAAUUUUGGACGGUCUGGUUGCACCAAGUACACCCACCUUGUGGAUCAAGAUACCACUUCCUUUGACUCUGUGUGGGGCCAAGAGAGUGCCCAGAACACAAAAUUCUUUAAGCAAAAGGCAGCAGGGGUACGAGAUGUAUUUGAGCGACCAUCUGCCAAGAAGAGGAAAACCACCUAGGCUUCAGCUGCUUAUUCCAACUGUGGGACCCUAGAGGAUCUGGUCCUCAAUCUUCUUGAACCAUUAUUUGCAUAG